AUGGCUGAAGAUUUAGGAGACAUGCCUUCCGUUGCGGCAGGUGUGACCUUGUCGUGGACUUUAGCGAACUAUCGUCCGUCAACUCUUGAUUCUCUUCUUCCACUGAUUAUGAGAACUUUCAGCAAACUUUGCAAGGACCACAUCACCAUCACUCACCAAGGAUCACAGAACUCCUCGCGCGAGAACGCCAACUUUGAGUAUGAAGCAAAGAUGACUACGAAACUUUUGGAGAAAAUCUUGCAGCUUUCUCUGAUGAGGAUCUCAGGACUCGGAGACCAACGGCGUAUUUUCUUGUCGCUCUUAGCACAGCUUAUUGAGCGCUCACUUGACAAAGAAACCUUGGAGAAAAUUAUCAAGAUUGUCAAGGGUUGGGUGUUUUCAAAGACCGACCUCUUUCCAACAACGAAAGAGAAAGCCGCAAUCUUGGCCAAGAUGAUGGUAUUUGAAAUUCGUGGAGAACCUACGCUCUCGAAAGAGUUUUACCAAAUAAUUGUGGACAUUUUCGAAGACGAUACUUUCAGUUGUACUGACCUCACUGUACGAAUGGAGCAACCAUUUUUAGUUGGAACUCGGUACGGCUAG